CACGUGCCUAUCGCGCGCUUUUGACUUUCCGGAACACGUGACGAUCGAAGUUAAAAGUUUAUUUAUUUCUUUAUUAAAAAAAUAUUUACGUGGUUUAUUGUUUUUAGUGAGCAUUCAAAUGUGAUUGUGAAGUUCAACUCGGGAAUGUGUGUUUGGUGAUUUUUUUUAUCUCUUAUUUUGGGAAAGCAUUAAGAUUGUACUAAAAAAGAAAGAUAAUUUUCUUUUGCGCUUGUAAUCAACCGGUACCUCCGAAUCUGGAAUUAGCAGGUUCUUUAAAAUCUCACAAGACAUCAUGAGUAGACUUCUGUAGACUAUUCAGGCUAUAUAUAGCUAUAGUCAGCCUAUGGUUCGUUCUGAUGGAGAUUUCGACUGACGAAUGAAGGAAGCGAACGGGAGCAUGGUUGGACCGUAGGAUGCGUCUCGUGUCGACGCUACUAUACGCAACGCUGCUUCUGUGCACUCGGGUUUGCGCCUUCAUACCCGGUAUUGACGGUCCCCUCUCACACCAAGAAGCACUUGAAGGUGGAAACACAACAUUCCUCUGCGACACAACCCCUGACUCCUCGGGAGAUGAGUUCAUGAUAUUAGUCUGGUACAAAAACAACAUUCCCAUCUACAGCUUCGAGAUCCCCGAUCGGGAAUGGGCGGACUCCACGUUCAACGCGACAGGUCGGAUGUCGGCGGACGUCCGCAGCCAGCCGACUGCCGUCACGGUGUCUGCACUCACAGAAGAUGACCAGGCCGUCUAUCACUGCAGAGUCGACUUCCGAUUGUCUCCAACGCGCAACAUCGGCGUCAACUUGACCGUUGUUGUGCUGCCAAGUCCUCCGUUCUUCAUGGACGAGCUUGACAAUAAAGUGGAGCGCACAGUCGGCACUUACCACGAAGGCGACACUCUGGUACUGAAGUGUCUGGUAAUUGGAGGUCGCCCUCCACCCCGCUUGAGCUGGUAUUCUGGCAGCAACUUGGUAGACGCAUCUGAUGCAGACAGUGACAUUCCCUCGGUGAGGGAAAAUGAGCUUUACCUGCCUUUGACACGGGCCAACGCGGGUUCGAUAUCCUGCAGAGCUAGUAACACAAAUUUAGCGCCACCUGUUGAGUCUAAACUGGAUAUUGAACUAUAUUUGCCGGCGUACAACGUGUCCAUCCACUGGGUGUGGGGCACGGCGGACGGCGUGCUGCGUGCGGGGCACCCCGUGUUGGCCCAGUGCACCGCGCCCGGCUCCUACCCGCAGCCCGACCUGUCCUGGUGGCUGGACCAGAAGCACUUGACGCGACAUAGCAAUCAGAGUUGGGUGAGCUCAUCCAGCACGGCGAUAUCGUAUCUCGAGCUACAUCCGUCGGUGGGCGACGACGGCGCUACGUUAGCGUGCGUGGCCACCAACCACGUGAUGGCUCCCAGUCGAAACUCCAAGGCGGAUGUCAUCACCCUUAACGUCACAUAUAGUCCAUUACUAGAAGUAGUUAGAGUGGGUGACGGAAAACUAAAUGAGGUGGUCGAAUUGGAUCCUCUGCACUUGGAAUGCGAGGUCAAAGCAAAUCCGCCGGCUUACAAAUUUAUAUGGUAUUUUAAUGAUAGUGAAAUAAAAUCGAAUAGCGUGUGGGGGGAGAAUGUUACCAGCCAAGUAUUGUACGUUGAGGAAGCGACCAGGGAACACGCCGGCCGAUAUUCGUGUGUCGCCGUGAACUCUAUCGGCGAAACUAGAGCCGAAAGCUUCACUGUGACCGUGCUUUACCCACCGGAAUGCUCCCACCACGGGAUAAGAUUAGUUAAAGAAGCUUUAAGCUGCAACGUCAAGGCCUUACCGGCGCCAGACACGUACCUGUGGCAUAUAGAGCCUUCGGAUUCGCUGGAGCAGCGCCUCACGACCGGCUCUCGUCUUCUACCUCUCGACCAGAUCACGGGCUCCCUUGAUAGAAGUUUGAAGGCUAGUUGCGAAGCGAGCAACGGUAUAGCCUCGCAGGAACGUGCCUGUGAGAGGACCUUCUCCUUCGAGCAGCUGAGGCCGCGACAGCCUCAGCAGUGCGAUCUCGCGUUUGAACACGGCGAGUUCCACAUUAGAUGUGUCCCAGUCGAAAACGCAACGUACUACGAAGUGUCCGUAUGGAAACUAUCGACGAGUAACAGCUCUUUAGUCCUCGAGAAACGUGCCUCAAUGGGCUUCGGGUCCAGUCAGGCUCUGUCUUCUACGGGAAGCACGUGGCUCGUCAGAGCUGGGCUAGGGAAGCUCGGUGCUGGCGACGAAGCGGGCGCCUUGGCCUGCAAUAGAUACGGAUGCUCAAAGGCUUUGCUGUUGAGGCCUAGUGAAACCCUGCUCAAAGCUGCCUCGCCCCCUUGGUGGAAUGUGCUAUUAUCGAAGGAAGUGUGCAUCCCACUGGUGGCUGCGGUUCUCCUUGUGUUGUUUGCUGCGUCCUCGGCGGCAGCGCUGCGGGCGGCGCGGCGGGCGCGUACCAAGCCGCCCGUCAUACAGGUGCUACAACUUGAUGACGUCACCAGGAACUUUCUAGACAAUCUACCUGAGCACAAACUGCAAGCGUCGUGCAGUCUGCGGUCAUGCAGCAGCGGGUACUCGGAGGGCUCGCAGCGCUGGGGACCGCCGCCGCCCGACGUCACCCUCACGCUGCACAGAGAGAGCGCCGUGUGAACAGUGCGCUUAGUGCGAGUUUUUAACGUUCUCGAUAGCGUAAACGUUAACUCAAAUUUGUAUGGAGUU